AUGCCACCCAAAGCAAAGAAAGGAGGCCUCGACCGCAAUGUUGGCUUGGAGAAUAGACUGAUCAACGAUUUCGAUAUGCCCAGAGAUAUGGUCUUCAGAAUGACUAAAGAAGAGCAAAGGGCAGAACUCGAAAGAUUGGAAGGUAGAGCACCGCGUCCACCUGAGGAAACUUACGAAGAACUUUUCGCCGACGCUCGUCAGCGUAAUCCGCUUCCUGCCCAUGCCCCCGCCCCUGCCCCUGCUGAAGAUACUGAAGUUGCUGAUGCUCCUGCUCCUGCUGAACAAGAUGAUGUUAACCCUGAAGAUGACCACCCUAUGGAGAUUGAUGAUGACGAGACUGUCGACAGAAUAAUUCAAGCUGCUGAAUCUACCAAUGAUGAAAACGGAUGGUUACUUCAACAGCCCAUGCAACCCCCUGUCGCUGGUAGGUUGGCUGCCGAGGCCGCCGAAAUAUUGAACGAACUACUUGAACCCAUCAACGACGGCAUCCGCGAGGAGAUCAACAACAUGCCCUAUGAUCAGCAAAUUGUCGCAGCUCAACAGAUCAUGGAUGAGCAAUGGAAUCUUCCCAACACCCCACUACCCAGAACGACAAGAGGUAUUCCUCUGACUUAUUUUCCUGCUGACCUUCGCCCUCGCGCCGAUCAACUUCCAUUACAUCUCCAAGAUCUAUUGGCAGGUGCAACUGAACAUGCCCAACCUGAACGCUACAACCAGCAGAGAGAACAGUUCAGAAGACAGAUUGAUCUUGAUCCUCUGCUCUCUACCAACCCUGAUGUACGCCAGUGGCUACUAAACACACCUAAUGCUACUCAACACAACUACCUCGCUGCUAAUACGUUUGAUCGCUUUACGAUGCUUCAGGACAACAGGAUGCUUAUCCGCAUACAGAAUUGGGGCCAAUACAUGGCACUCCCCGUUUCCGAAGAAUAUCGCAGAAAUGAACAGAUGGCUAUGCAACAAGCUAACCUUACCGACUACCAGGUCUGGGUACGCUCUACUGUAAGAAUGUGCUGGAUUGUCUGGGCCGUGAGAUGCGGUCUGAUGAGAAUGCCUUCUACAAUGUCCUAA